GUUAUUUUACAUAUGUAGAAGUAGCCGAACCCAUUAAUCUAGCAUAGUGCAAUCUUUGAGAUUUUAAAGUAAUAAUUUUGUGACAGUAUAAUUUAUUGUGAUCAAGAUGGUUGUCAGGCAAUAUCAGGAAGAAUUGAACUAUUUAGAAAAAAUCGAUGAAAACUCUUGGAGAAUAAAGAAAGGCUUUCAACCUAAUAUGAAGGUUGAAGGUGUUUUUUAUGUGAAUAAACCAUUGGAAAAAUUAAUGUUCGAUGAGUUGAAGAAUGCAUGCAGACCUGGAGCAGUUGGAGGUUUUCUCCCUGGUAUGAAACAGAUUGCUAAUGUCGCUGCACUUCCUGGAAUUGUCUGGAGAUCUGUCGGUUUGCCUGAUGUGCAUUCCGGCUAUGGCUUUGCUAUUGGUAACAUGGCAGCAUUUGAUAUGAAUGAUCCAAAGUCUAUAGUAUCUCCUGGUGGAGUAGGAUUUGAUAUAAAUUGUGGAGUACGUCUCUUAAGGACUAAUCUAUUUGAAGAAGACGUGUUGCCAGUUAAGGAACAACUCGCACAGAGUAUGUUUGACCAUAUUCCUGUUGGCGUCGGUUCAAAAGGAAUCAUACCUAUGAACGCAAGAGAUUUAGAAGAAGCUUUAGAGAUGGGGAUAGACUGGUCUCUUAGAGAAGGAUACAUUUGGGCAGAAGACAAGGAACAUUGCGAAGAGUAUGGGAGGAUGCUUAAUGCAGACUCUUCGAAAGUAUCAAUGAGAGCGAAAAAACGUGGCCUUCCACAGUUGGGAACCUUGGGUGCAGGCAAUCACUAUGCUGAAAUACAAGUGGUAGAUGAGAUCUAUGACAAAUGGGCUGCAAGUAAAAUGGGUAUUGAGGAAAAGGGUCAAAUUUGUGUGAUGAUUCAUUCCGGUAGCAGGGGAUUUGGUCAUCAAGUCGCGACUGAUGCACUUGUACAAAUGGAGAAAGCGAUGAAACGAGAUAACAUCGAGACGAACGACAGGCAGUUAGCUUGUGCUCAUAUUAAUUCUAAAGAAGGUCAAGAUUACUUAAAAGCGAUGGCUGCUGCAGCAAACUUUGCGUGGGUCAACAGGAGUUCUAUGACAUUUCUCAGUCGUCAGGCGUUCGCGAAACAGUUCAAGUUAUCUCCCGACGAUCUAGAUAUGCAUGUUAUAUACGAUGUCUCACAUAAUAUCGCGAAGGAAGAAGAACACAUGGUAGAAGGCAAACAAAAAAGACUUCUAGUUCACAGAAAGGGAUCUACCAGAGCGUUCCCGCCUCACCAUCCUCUGAUUCCUGUUGAUUAUCAAUUAACAGGCCAACCAGUUUUAAUCGGAGGCACUAUGGGAACUUGUAGUUACGUUCUCACUGGAACCGAACAAGGCAUGAAAGAAACAUUCGGAUCUACAUGUCACGGAGCGGGUCGAGCUCUGUCUAGAGCUAAAUCGCGACGAAAUUUGGAUUACACAGACGUGUUGGAGAAGUUAGAACGGCAAGGAAUAUCCAUUAGGGUAGCCUCGCCUAAAUUAGUGAUGGAAGAAGCUCCGGAAUCUUAUAAGAAUGUGACGGAUGUUGUAAAUACGUGCCAUGCCGUGGGAAUAUCCCGGAAAUGUAUAAAAUUAAGACCGAUCGCGGUUAUCAAAGGAUGAAUAAUUAAAUGGAUAUUAAUAAUUAUGAUUGAAAAUGUAUCUAUAGAUUGUGUAUCUAUUAAUUGUAACAUGAUAUUUAUUGCGAAUGUAUGAAUUGAAUUUUUAUACAUA